AUGUUAGAAUUUAAAAGCUGCGAGGUAGACUUUGAGUACAUCCACAACGGCUCGGCCACCCGGGCUGAGGUGUGCCCGACAGCCGAUGGAGUGGAUUUCGGAUCCUACAGAUUCCAGUGCUUAGGUGAUCUCAGCAGUUGUGUAAGCGGAAUGACCAUUAAGUUUUGGUUCAAGCCCUUUCCUACUCCGUUUGACGGUAAUGAAAUUCUCCUAAUGUCCAAUGGCGGCCAUCUUGCCUACUCCGAAGGAUUUUAUGUCAGCCGGAAAUGGAAUGACCAGUACAGUGUGGGCGUGUGUAAAGCUGACCGCGCAUGGAAAGUGGACUUCCGGCUGCUGUCGGAGGCCUGGGUGCACAUGAUGAUUACGUGGGAGGAAGCACAGGGACUGACUGUAUACAUUGACGGCUUCCUCCAAGGGUCCGAUCCCAGUGGUGGAAGCCGGUACUACACCGGGGCCUCUUACGACGUGAACAGCCAUUUCGUGCUUGGUGGAUGGACACCGGAUGUGGAUGCAAGCUACGGACUGACGUACGAAAUCAACACAGUCACCAUCACAAAUACAGUACAAACAGAGUCAGAUGUGCAAAUUGAAAUUGGCGAGGAUGAGAAGUUGUACAUAGGCUGUGAAGAAACAACGGUCAUUGAUGCGAGCAACAGUGUUACCCUGACUGAAGCCGCAACAGCCGUGAACCAGUGCAGAGUUCACUGUAAAGGGGGUGGCUUCAGUGUUGCCCGUCUUGACACCAGUCUACGGUGUAACUGUUCAGGUGUGUCUGCCAGGGAAACGGUCAAUACACUCGUCGAAUGUAUAAGUCCAGGUCAGUCCAAGUUGUAUUACGUCACGCAUGUGACCAAUGACGUCGACGUGAGUGUUGAUGUGUCAGUGACGGGAACGACGGGCAACUCGGACAUAAAUGUCCUGGAAUCUGUGCUCAUUACGAUAACCACACCGGCACCGGGCAGUGUAGAUGACAUCAGGGUGGACCUUGGCGACGGAACCAUAGUGCAGGGUGUUCGGAGCGAGCUCUCUCAUUGGUGGUCCUCAGAAGGUGCGUAUGACGUCAUUGUCACCGCGGUGUUCGGACAAGUGCAGAAGGUGGUUACGACGACGGUUCAAGUCACGCAGCUAGUUGAAACUGUCCCACCCGAGUUUGUCGCAGUGUUCGCUAGCCACGAAAACGAAACGCAGAAAGUGGCAUUUGAAGUGCUGGUAAUUGACAAGGAAUCCACGAGCUGCCUUGUCAGUAUUGGGGAGGGAGAUGCCUUUCCACUCAGUUUUACCAAACACAUUCAGCUAGAAUUGCUAGAGCAUACCUAUUCCGAUACCUACGGGAAUUAUGACGUAACGAUGGAUUGUAGCAACAUAGCCGGUAGCAGGGAGUUUUCUACCCACGUGACCACCCAGACCUUCCAAAUACAGUCAAGUCUUUUCAAACGCGGUGACAAUCUGGUCCUUCCGGUCAGAGGAAAUGGGGAGUUUUUGAACAGUCUUGUUGUCUCUAUUAAUAGUCAACCGGCCAGCUUUACCGCUCAGAAUAACCAGAUUAGCGUCGGACCAGAGAAUUUUCCCGAUCCCAAAGGUUAUCAUAUAAGUAUCUCCACGACCUUGGGUAUUCCUCUUGCCAUUCUGACCCUCGAGGUUCAGGCAAUGUUAUCUCAACCAUCCAUCACUACAGAUGAGAAGAAUGUAUUGCCUGGCACAGUCCAGGACUUUGAGGUCCUUUUGCCGACCGGAGACCACUUUCAUGCCUGUGUCAGCUUUGGCCCAAACGGUUUCAAUUCCUAUUGUGAACUGUAUUCGGACGAUGAACGAGUUGCUGUGGGGAGUGACUUCACUGUUAAGUUUGUUGUUAAGAGAGGCACUGGCAUCGACUACGUCGUUGAUUUGGGAGACGGAACAGUUAUAGAGUUCCCAGGAACUGUGUUCAUACCGUCUAGCGCAGAAAACAGAACAAUUUCCACAAGCUCGGGCAGUGAUACGUUAGUUCCUGUUGUACCAGUAUCAGAACUUGCUUCAACUGAUACUGUGCGGUAUCGAACCUCUGACGAUAACACCAGGGUGGAGCUGCUAGGCGGAAACGACAUCAUUGUCCGGCAUAGGUACGCCACUAAAGGGUAUUACACGGUGAGAGCCAAUGCUACAAACGCUUUCAACGGUUUCCAGGCCGUCUUGUGUCCACAGGUUGUUGUAAAACGCCCUUCCUUGGAUUCUCCUCCAAUAUGUCAGCUUCCCGUUGUAAGUUUCCCCAGUAUUACGAUAAGCCCUAUGCCUGUCAUGCGAUCCAAAGACGUGCUGAUAGAGGUAGAUCCAGGUUUAGAUUGUCAGGUGAACAUGUCUGCUACAUUCAGCAUGAAGGCGUUUAGAUUUAUCACACAAAGUGGCGUUACUGCACCGAGACAAUAUGAUCGCAUUUGCUAUCUCCAGGAACCGACCAGCACCCUGGUUAUUCCUGGCCUAACACUGCUGUAUGGAUUGUAUAAUAUGUCCGUCACAGUUGCUCCGGAAGGACUAGAUCUGGUAUACUCCAGCGCCUCGUUCUUGUUGGAAGUCGUGAGAACCCCUCCUGUCUCCUCUUUGGAAUAUAACGUGUACAAGUAUUUGAAGUUCAAACUGUUCUGCUGCUUGCUCGACCAACAAGACAACAUAAGGAAUAAAACUCAGGCAGACUUGGUGAGUGAAUCCACGCUUAUCAAAGAGGGGAAGAUUUAUGAAAACAGCUCAAGAAACGAAAUAGCCUUAUACGACAGCUGUGGCUGCUUCUCAGAGACAAUAGAUCCCAUCUUCGGUCAUUCUUCUGUCAGUUUUCCAUCCAGUCAGUUCUCACCAAACUCUGUAGAAUUUAUUUUCAAACUGUUCGUCUGCAAAUCCGAUGUGUGCUCCAACACUGUCCAGGAGGUAUACGUACGAUCCAGCAACGACAGCAUGGAAUACGACAAGUUAGGUGAUCUCCUGACCUCUGGGGAUACCGAUGGCGCUCUGCAGCUCAUUGGACUUCUUAGCAGCGACCUCAACAGUCUAAACGGUGAAGUUGAUGACAACGAGGCAUUGGUGAAAGAAGCCACUGCGAAACGAACAUUUCUGAUCACCGCCUUGUCAACUGUGUCGGCUAACCUGACAAACAUUGAUCAAGUUGAAAACACUGCCAACGCCUUGGAAAGUGUGACCAGGGCAAGGAGCCAGGUGACGCACAACAGCAGGAAAUCUGCAUCAUCAACAAUGAAUAACGUAGCCAGAGCAGUUGGAGCGUCAGGAAAAAAUCAAACUCUAGAUAAAGUGUCUACGGUUGGUCAAGGUAUCCUGGGCUCACUCAGUAACCUUUUGCCGGAUCAUCAAGACGAGGAUAAGUUUUCAGAACUGAAAAGACGACGGCGACGACGACGUAGCCUUGACGAUCUGGGCCCGGACGCUACCGAGGAGGAGAUCAAAUGUGACAUCAUCCGUGACUUCAUCGGUUACGACAACCCCGCGGGCUGUAACGACACGAUUCAGUCUGGUUCCGGGGCCUAUAACAUACCGAUGUCCGUCCUAGCUACUAAUGCUGGCUCAAACGCCUCUGUUGGCACUAAGAUUGUGAACAGCGCUGUGAACCAGUUUACCUUCGGCAAGGGCGCUGGUGACAUCACGGGCGGCGUGACGUCAUUGACCUUGACAGAUGAGACGGGCAUGGACUUGGUGGUACGGGAUACAGACGAGCCGUUCGAAAUUUGGCUUCCAGCGGAUCCGAACUCGGUGGCCCAGCUGUCGUACCACACAAUCACGCUCAGUCAGGAGGACUCAGACAUUAAUUAUCAUGCCGUGACUCUCCCGGCCAAUCAUACGUCACUGCACGUGGAGCUUAGAAUCACAGACCCAUUCGACCAGUAUGACGUCUUCAUCUCGUACAUGGACUUCCCUAACGAAACACACCAUGACUAUUCUGAUGUCAUCCCGCGUGAUGCUGUCAGCGUCAUUUCCGGCCUGGUCAAACCUUGCCAAGAUGAGGAUCUCCUCCUUCAUACAAUUUAUCCUCCGAGACACGUGACUAGAUUAAAUGGAACCUAUCGUGUUGGCAUUAGGCUGAAAGAGGCGAAGAUUGAGGUGGGCACAGGUGAGACGAAUCGUACUUAUGGACUCCGUAUAUUCGUCAGCGGCUGUAGAUUUUGGAAUGAGAGCACAGAGGCGUGGGAAACCACUGGUUGUGAGGUUGGUCAAUGUACCAAUUACAACGCAACCCAAUGCUUGUGUAACCAUCUGACGUCUUUUGGUGGAAACUUUGUCGUGCCUCCGAACACCAUCGACUUCAACACUGUGUGGAGUAAAUUCGCCAAUCUUCACGAAAACGCGGCAGUGUUCGCCACAGUGAUUAGUAUCCUCAUCCUCUACAUCCUCCUGCUGAUCUGGGCACGUUACAUGGACAAGAAGGAUGUCCAAAAGUGGGGGGCUAUUCCCCUGGAGGACAACCUUCCCAGUGACACCUACCACUAUCAGCUAUCCGUAUGCACGGGCAUGAAGAAGGGGUCGGGGACGGAUUCGCGGGUCAGCUUCAUCCUCUCAGGGGACGACAAUGACACCGGGGUCAGGUGUCUCUUUGACGGGAAGAGAAAGCAUCUUGGAAGGGGCACAAUACUGAACUACGUACUGAGCGUGGAGUCGGGUCUAGGGCCGCUUACCUUCCUCCGUAUCUGGCAUGACAACUCCGGCAAAGGCAAGCAGAAAAGUUGGUACCUGAACCAACUGGAGGUGAUCGAUUUACAGACGGGAGAGAGGUUCUUCUUCCUAUGUGACCGUUGGCUUGCUGUGGAAGAGGAUGACGGCCAGGUAGAGAGGAUCUUGCCCGUGGCCGGCAUUAACGAUCUGGUCGCAUUCAAACACCUUUUCUCCUCUAACGUGCGUAAAAAGUUGUCUAACGAGCACCUUUGGUUCUCCGUCUUCUCCCGUCCCACGCGGAGUAAAUUCACACGCUGUCAGAGGAUAUCCUGUUGCCUCUCCCUGCUCUUCCUGACGAUGAUCACUAACGCCAUGUGGUUCAAGACAGAGGAGACAGCCGGCCCGGUCACAGCGCUGAAGAUCGGCCCCUUCUCCUUCACCCUUCAUCAGGUGUUCAUCAGCUUCGCCUCCACCAUGAUUGUAUUUCCGGUCAGCUUUCUCCUCAUUACGAUAUUCCGAAAAUCCAGGUCCAAGAAGAACACGGUAGUGCAGAAGAACCAGAGAACCUCCAAGAAAUCACAGAAGUACCGCUGGAAAACUGUAAACAGUCCGCCAAACACAUGGGGCGAUGUGGAGAAGUCAAAAAAGGACAAGUUUAAAGAGAGCAUGCGCAAUAUUAUCAGUUUCCACAACCGUAGGUACGAGACAGAGGAAGUCGCUGCUGCCAUAGAAGAAGAAGAGAUGAAAAAGACCGGGCGCAAGAAGAAAAAGAAGCCCUUCACCUUACCCCACUGGUGCAUUUUCAUCGCAUGGUUCUUGGUGUUUCUGAGCGUGACCACCUCAGCCUUCUUCACUAUUCUGUACAGCAUGGAAUGGGGUGCAGACAAAGCCAAUGACUGGCUCGUCACUUUCGUAAUGUCGUUCUUCCAGUCUGUGGUCGUCGUCCAGCCCGUUAAGGUGUUUCUCAUGGUGGCGUUUGUUGCCUGUAUUCUGAAAAAGCCGGAAAUCAACGAGGAAGAAGGUCUAGAGGAUGAAAUCAACCCAGCACAUGACGAGGAGGUGCUGGCAAAGACACCGGAGAACAUCACAGCAAUCAUGCUUCAGAGGAAAAUGGCGGCGCAGGAACUUCAGCCACCGGACUUCCAAGCCCUGGAGGCGGCACGAGAACUGAGAUUGAAGGAGAUGAAGAUGGAGGUAAUCAUCAAAGAGAUCAUCAUCUACGCCUUCUUCGUGCUCGUCCUCUUCUUCAUCUCGUACCAGACCCGUGACAGCCAGUCCUACAUGUACGCCUCACAUCUGCAGAACACCUUCCUCACCUCCAGCAAUGGCAUGGCCUUUGACAAGAUUUCCACACCGGCAGAAUAUUGGGUGUGGGUGGAGACAGUUAUGCUGCCCCAGCUGUACGCCCAGGAAUGGCUGAACGGGACUACGCUCAAAUGGUGGGACAAGCGCUGUAUCAGCGAUCUGGAAUCCCGCAGAGUGGGUAUUGGUAGGCUGCGUCAACUGCGCAUCAAGAACGAUUCAUGUGACGUAGCACAGGCCAUGGGCCCUCUGUUCAGUCAAUGCCGUAGUGGCUACGACUGGACUGGAGACGACACAAAGACGUAUCUUCCCAGGUGGCAGAAAAUUCCGGAAGACAACGAUACAGAAGUUAGGAGUACCAUGAAGAAAACGCCAUGGGAUUACCAAAACUCCUUUGAGCUGAAGAACGCGCCGUACUAUGGAACCAUAGCGGCCUACAAAGGCGGUGGCUACGUGGCAAACUUCGCCAGAACGAAGUCACGGACGGUGGACACGAUACAAGAGCUGAAGACGGAGUCCUGGCUCGAUGUUGGGAGCAGGGCAGUCUUUCUAGAGUUCACCCUCUACAACCCUAACGUUAACCUCUUCUCCUCCGUCAUCAUGUUGACAGAGUUCAUGGAGACAGGUAGUGCCAGCAAGAAAAUAGAGAUCAAGGUAUUUCGGUUGUUUAAUUAUGUUGGGGCUUUUGGAACUGUCGUCCUACUGUUCGAGGUUAUCUACGCCUGCUUCACGCUCUACUUCCUAAUCCACGCCGUGAAGAAGCUAAAGAAGGAGAAGCUGAAGUACUUCAAAUGUUUCUGGAACAAGCUGGAGUUUGUCCUGUUGGCUUUCAGUGUGGCCUGCAUUGUGAUGUAUGCCUUCAAACACGUCCUAACUUCCCUGGCUAUAGAUGAACUCCACGAGGCGGGCUCAAAUGACUUUGUGAAUUUCCAGUCGCUGGCAUUGUACGACGAGUUGUUCGGCUACAUGGUAGGCUGCGUCGUAUUUGUGGCCACAGUGCAGUUCCUCAAGAUGCUUCAGUUCAACCGGCGGAUGAACAUGCUGGGGGACACCAUCCGGAUUGCCACCAAGGAUCUGAAGAAUUUCAGCGUCAUGUUCUUGAUCUACUUCUUGGCCUUCUGUCAGUUGGCUUACCUCCUGUUUGGCAGUACCAUGGCUACCUACGACAACUUUGUCACAUCAGUCGAAUCCAUGUUUGCUUUCUGUCUCGGCUCUUUUGAUUUCGAGGCUAUGCAAGCCUCUCAAAGAAUUUUGGGUCCCAUUUUCUUCUUUGUCUUUGUUGGCAUCGUUUACAUCGGCCUGAUGAGUAUAUUCGUGACCAUCAUAUACGAUUCGUUCGCCAGCGUCAAAGCGGACGUCACUCUGCAGACCAACGAGCAUGAAAUUGUGGACUUCAUGUGGAAACGUCUGAAGGGUCUGAUAAAGGGAUAGCCCCAACCAUCUGUUCACUGUGAUGACGAUUGUACAUGAGACGUGCGAUGACAUGAUGACACUACGCAUCAAGUCUGUAGGGCUGAUGACAUGAUGACACUAUCCAUCAAGUCUGCAGGGCUGAUGACAUGAUGACACUAUGCAUCAAGUCUGCACGGCUGAUGACAUGAUGACACUAUGCAUCAAGUCUGCACGGCUGAGGACAGAUUUGAGUCACCAUGAUGGACUCGUGCUGACAGAAGGACGCCAAGCAUAGUCUCACCAUAUAAUCCAGCUACUACCAUAUUGUGUCUUAUCUAUAAAUACUGUCUAACAACUCACAUAUUUGUUUCGACAGCAGUUAUGUAUGGCGAGUUGAACGUGGCUCUUGGUCUUUGUUGAAGUCAAAUGGAGCCAAUAACGUCAACAGCAUGUGGACAAGACCUGGCAAAUUGAAGUCAGAUGAAGCCAUACGUAGGCUCACGUAAUAUCUAGCUCCAAGUUAUCUUUACAGCAUGUACAUAAGGAUCACAGUUUUGGUUCGAAAUUUAGUCACAUUCGCACAUUGAGAACAAACUAGAAGGGCAGUUUCCAGUUCAAAUGCCCGAUUAUAUAUUGUUAAAUAAUGAGACAUUUCUGAUAUUUAAGUUAUAUUCAUGACCUUUGACAUCACAUCUGAUUCUCCUAGUGUGCGAGGGAACUACAGACAAUAGUUGAAAUGAGUUACAAGAAAUAUGGUACUUCGUCCAUGUAUAACUGUAAAAUUAUAACCCUAUACAUACCAAUAUAUGGUGUGAACAAUAGACAACACAGCGUAGGGUCGGGUUACAUUACGUGGGAAAUGCUCAACACUGGCUUAACACAGGCUAUCGCAUCUUUAAAUUCCAAAUCAAAAUUUGUUUGAACAAAAAAGUGAUAAACUGAAACAGGUUACACUAUCUUAAUCGCUAGCUUCACUUAGUGAUAGUUACAUACUAUGACACGAAUAACACGGUGCACUAUACAAGACGCGCUAUCCAUAUGUGAUGGUAACAUGUCACCAUGUAUCACAAAGUAUAGGCUGUCGACGUACAAAGGUAAAUGAUAUACAAACCAUAACUAAUUGUAAAUUAGCCAAAGGCUGUCGAACCAAACGGAAUGUUGUUGGCCUCUAAUAUGAAGAGCAUCAUCGAUAAAUGAUCUUGUAACGGUUAACAGUUCGACAUUUAUAUACAUGUAUUAUAUAGGUUUAAUUCCUACACAGAAGUGACUUUUGUUAAUUGUUAGCGGUGGGUACACCUACCACACUGCGACUGUUUCUGGGUACGAAAACUCACUCUGGUUGAAUAAAUCAAGCACUAUUGCAUGCCCCAGAUUUGACUCCUGUCUGUUAAUCUACUACACUCAAAAUGACUUCUUCUCCAAAGUCUUAACAUAAGUUUCUACCUUCUCCCUCAAAAGUACCUCACAAGUACCUAUGUGAUCAUGCCAUUUGACCUCACUUUCAGUGCUUUUAUUUUGUUACAUCAAAAAGUGUUCACUGUCUCUCUUUGUAUCAAUCAGUUUUAAUUUCGUACUUUCUUGGUUCUUUGGUGGCACUUGUUGUUUUCAGAAUUGGCCUUGCGAUUAUUGACCUGGAACGUCUAUUUUGGUUGAGACUGGUCAACGAAUACCUGUUUUGAAGCCUACGUACAUUACGAUGAUGACUGAUGUCAACACUUACAUAUUGAUAGGAUCCGAAAACACUGGAUACGAUGCCCCAUUCAGUCACAAUACACUGAACACCGGGAGGAUGCAGUAGCAAUGGAAGUUUAGUAGAUAAAGACGUUUGUCUUUCAGUCGGUAUGCCCCACUCAGUCACAAUACACUGAACACCUGGAGAAUGCAGUAGCAAUGGAAGUUCAGUAGAUAAAGACAUUUGUCUUUCAGCCGGUAUGCCCAAUUCAGUCACAAUACACUGAACACCGGGAGGAUGCAGUAGCAAUGGAAGUUUAGUAGAUAAAGACGUUUGUCUUUCAGUCGGUAUGCCCCACUCAGUCACAAUACACUGAACACCGGAAGGAUGCAGUAGCAAUGGAAGUUUAGUAGAUAAAGACGUUUGUCUUUCAGUCGGUAUGCCCCACUUAGUCACAAUACACUGAACACCGGGAGGGUGCAGUAGCAAUGGAAGUUUAGUAGAUAAAGACGUUUGUCUUUCAGUCGGUAGGACUCACGAGCCGCGGGUUCAUGGCCGACUGGUGAAUUGGUAGAUUCCCCUGCUUUCACGGUUGUGAGCCACUGGUGGUAAGAGACGCUCGAAAGGCCGUUUGCGCAGGUCUAACUUUUGCUAAAGAAUAUGACGAAUGAGAAUGCGCCGUAAAUGUUUUUCUGCGACAUAUGGGCAAGUUCGUCAGUAACUUGCCUAAGGUUUACGUCGCGGAGUCUACAGUUUCCUCCAUUUAUAAGCAAGACAGACAAGGUACAAGCAAAAAAUUCCUGACUAUGGCUUUAAACAAAUAAUACGUAAAUAAAUGCAGUAAUAUUCGACAUUGUAAGCUCAUUCUGGAACUGGUUUGACCAAGACUACGGGACAAAAUAUGCACUCCAAUUGCACUGUAGUUUUUGCGUGAAAAACGGGGUCGAAACAGCCGUGGGGUGAGAGUUUAUAUGGCCCGAUAUCACACCGCAUGUAGGUUAAAAUUUUAAAUUAAAUUCGAAUUUAUUUACGUUACUAGCGUUGAAUUUUUAAUUAAAUGAAAUAGGUCAAUUUUAUUAAUGUAUGGAGGAGAUAAAUGGAGCACUGGAGUAAUGCAUCGCCCUAUACGCCGGAAACCUGACAAAUCUUGUCCAUGUGACCGGGAGAUUAUCAGCACUGAAUUAGACCUGAAUUCAACCAUGAUUUUUUCUGCCCAAUAGCAAUCAAGACAGUGAAUGACGAAUGCUAUCGAAUGAAUGAAUGAAUGAUUGGGGUUUAAUGUCAUACUUCAGGGGCGUAGCGUGGAUCUUCAUUAGGGGGGUGCGGAUUUUACAAGAGCGGAACUACUAUCACAGUCUUUUAGGCUAGGGUCCAGGGGCCGCCUAGGCCCCGGAAGCUCCGGGAUAUUAGAUUGCCGGAGAGAGAAUCUGAGUGAUUUCGAAGUGUUUCGAACGCAGAUUUGGCCAAUGUGUACACAUUCAUUUUCACAUUAAAAAAAAACAACAAACAAAAACAACUCAAGUUCAGCUUAGGUGGGGUUGAAAACAGGCUGUCCCUGAAUAUAUAGUAUUUACUGUCAUGGGUUCCGGAGUUACAAACAGGACAAGUAAAACUGCGGCAUCUGUCUUGUCCACCAGACGGAAAUGGUUACUGCUACCUGCGCGGUACGAUUCAAGAGUGAGUGAGUGGGUGCUUGGGGUUUAAAGUCGUACUCAACAAUUUUUCAGUCAUAUGACGACGAAGGAAUCCUUUAUGCUGAACGCCAAGCGAGGAGGUUACAACUUCCUCUUUUAAGGUCCUAGGUGUGACUCGACCCAGGAAUGAUCCUGGAUCUACCACUCCCGAAGAGCGAUUCAGGAGAGGUAAUUGUGUAAAACACGCCGUCUUCCACCGGGAACAAUAUGGAAUGGUUCACAUAACAGGUCUAAAUAGGUCUAUAUAGUAUUUAGUAAAUUGAUACGAAACUGAAAUAUUGGUCUAUAUAGGCUACAGCACAUAUUUGUGGAUUGAAUGUUAAUAUUAAUAUUAAAUAUACUAAUAUUAAAAUAUGAAAUAUUUUUUUUCGUCGACUUGAGCAAAACAUUUUUUCAUCGCGUUACAUUAUAAUGACACCGAGCCAACCAGUCCUGUUUCCUCGCUCUAACCUCUCAGUGCUGAACGCCAAGCGAGCAAAGUACCAUUUUUAAAGUUUUGAUCCAGGUUUGAUUCCAGGUCUCCCGACUUCGAGGCAGACACUCGCUAACCAUUACGCCACUGCAGUGGUCAAACGCUAUGGAAGAUUGGUAGUGAACAUAUUACUGCUAAAGAAUAAAGAACAAUGGGUAGAUUUGACAAUUUGAUGCUUCAUAACAUUUUUCAGCGAACAAUGUCAAAACUGUUUGAAUCGAGCUCUCGGUGUUUCGGCUGUGGUUUACUCCGGUUUCCUCCACCCAAAAACCAGACAUGUUCAUGAAAAGAAUUCUUGAGCACUACGCUGAGCUACACAAAUGACUCAGUUCCAGUACAUGGACACCAGAAAAGACACCGCAUCCAGACACAGUAUACUUACACCACAUAGGACAUCCAACCAGUUCCAGUUCACUGAAACCUGAGUGGACACCCCACCCAGACACAGCAUAUGGAAACCACAGAAGACACUUCAUCCAGACACAGUAUAUUGACACCACAUAGGACAUCCAACCAGUUCCAGUUCACUGAAACCUGAGU